AUGGCCAUCGACCAUUUGAAGAAGAAAUACGGCAAUUCUCAACUGCUACUAAACGAACUGACUGGAAGACUCGAGAAGUGCCAAGCAAGAAGUCGCCGAAUAGAAGAUCAGAGGAUCCUUCAGGAGGAACUGUCAUCGAUCAUCAACCAGAUGACACUCAAAGGAGAAUCCUUCGAAAACGUACUACUUCAGAAGCAAGUCUUGUCCAAGUUCAACGAACCAAUCCAGCGCCACGUUCUGAGGAAAAAACAAGAACAAGAACAAGCAUGGACCACCAGUCUUCUUCUUUCACAUGUCUGCAACAAUUUCAUCGACACCGAAUUAGAAAUUCAACGCCAUGUCGAUAAAGAUGACUAA